GCCGCACUCCUAUUAUUUUACAACCUACAAACCAAAGAGCAAGUAACCCAGAUUCUGAGAAAGGCAAAAAUGAGAGGGAAAUCAAUUCUUCGCCCAUUUCUUACCUGUCGAACUUUCAGUGUCCGCUCUGUUUCUUCUUCUUCUUCUUCUUCUCGGAUUCUUUUUAAUCAGAGUUACAUAAUGUCAACCCCCCAGGCAAAUUCUUCAAUCCCUAAAACCCCAUUUCCAGUUUGGACCCCUAAAAACCUUAAUCUCUCCCGACCCUUCUCGGACUCUUCUCCUGAUUUUUUCAAACCAUCCUUCAUGGAAACCGAACCGGUGCCGGUUCCAGAGAAUGUUGUCCCCGUUAAGUCAGAAGGAGAGUUUGAUGCUGCACUUAGCAAAGCUAAAGACGAAUCUGUGCCGGCUGUUUUCUAUUUCACUGCUACAUGGUGUGCACCAUGCCGAUUCAUUGGUCCUGUCAUGGACGAGUUGGCUCGGAGAACUCCUGAAGUAACAGUUUAUAAGAUGGAUAUCGAUGAGGAAGGCCUUGCAAGAAAACUGGAAAAGCUAAAGAUUACAGCUGUGCCAACUGUUCAAUACUUUAAAGAAGGCAAACAGGAGGUUGAAGUUGUUGGUGGUGAUGCUACACGCAUAAUUCAAACAAUGAAGAAACUUUACAACAUGAGGUAUCCAAAGACAGAUGAUUCAAAGCAAGAUGCUACUUCAGGGGAAGAGGUAAAUGAAAAAAAUUGAUGCUUGAUGAUGAUUACGGAGCCUUUCUCAAGCUAUAUCAAAGAAGGGAAAUAAAGGGUUUUAGGAUUUCCUUUUGUGAAGUGACUGUAAGACUUGGUGUCGGAGAGUAGUCUUCUCUCAUCAUUCUCACUAUAGGUGAGCUUUACAUAUCGAGCACAGAGUUUGGUUGAUUAAAAUUAUAACUUGAGGAGGAAAGUUAGGAUCUUUUUAUGGAAUGUGCAGUUUGAUUUGGCAAUAACUUAUAAAAUUCUAAAACGUAGACAAUUUUUAAGGUAA